AUGGAUGACACGAAAGCCGCUGGCCAAGCAGCUGGUCUGCGCCCGCCGUUCAACGCAUCCAACAGCCUUGUUUUACCGGCGCAUAUCAUCACCCCGGCGGUGGUUCGGCGCGGCUCACAACUCAUCGUACCCGAGCGGGACUUGGACGUCUUCCUGGCAACGGAGCUCCGCACACCGAAGCUCACUCGGCUGCAUAAAUAUCUGUGGCUCGCAGGCCUUCCAGUCCCAGCCCGUCCGCUGCAGCGUCAAGUCUUGAUGAACCGCACCCUAGCACUGACGGAGCGGCCGGAUGAACACUUGGUAUGGCAUCGCAACCGACUCUUCCUCAAACCUCUUCCGGACUUCCUGGUGUGCCAUAGUUUCUGGGAGCAGCACUUGUGUCGCGAUACAGGUCUCCACCGUAGCGCUUGCGGGUUGUUGUUGUCGUACGCUUGCCUGAUAUCCUACCAGGCCGACUUCGGCAUCGCGCAAAAACACUCGCUGCUCCCAGACGGUCUCACUUACCAUGCCUGGGCGGAGUUCAUGAAGGACUUUCUAAGCCACAUCAACCUCCCCGUGACCAGCUAUGACCAGGUCGACGUGCGAUACUACUACGGCGAACUGAGGUACUCCCGACUCGACCUCCUUUCUCGGUUAGCGGCCAUAAUCACAGGGUCUUUCAAGGACUUCGUGUACGGAUUCAUGAGCACGUCGACCUGGUAUCAGGCCUUUUUCGAACACAACUUUGGCUGGCUGUUGGGCGUCUUUGCAUUCUUUACGGUGAUCCUGUCGGCGCUACAAGUCGGUCUAGCCACGGACGCGCUCCAGGGAAGCCAGGCAUUUCAGUCCUUUUCCGAGGUGGUUGCCAUUGCAUCGCUCACGACCGUACUAUGUGGCAUGGUGGGGGCCUUCGUCAUCUGGUUCGUCUUGUUCUGGUAUCAUUUGCUUUCAACAAUAGUGUUUACGAAACAGGCGCUAGCAGAACAAAGCGGUAGAGGCGAACGGACAGCUGUCAUAACUAUGUAG